AUGAUUGGGAUCACAGGAGCGACUGGAGCGCUCUCUUCUGCCGUGCUUACUCAUCUUUCCAAGGGCGAACGCCCGCUUCGUCUGCUUGCUCGAAAUACCGAAAAAGCUGCCGCCAACUUUCAUGCAUUGAAACCUCGUGGUCCGUUCGAUGUCAAAUACUGUGACUACCAGGAUAAAGAAGCUUGUGUUGAAGCACUGAAAGGCAUUGAAACGGUGCUCUUUGUGUCUGCUGGGGAGAGUCCAGACCGCGUUCAGCAUCAUAAAUCUUUCAUUGACGCGAUGUGUGAUGCAGGUGUCAAGAGUGUCAUUUACACAUCAUUCCGUGGUGCCGCGCCUGAUGCUGUGUUUCAUCUUGCCAGAGACCAUUAUUGGACUGAGGAGUACAUGAAGAGCCAGAAGUCACUCAAUUAUAUCCUGCUCAGGAACGCCUUUUACCAAGACGUGCUGCCUGACUUCACUAUUCAAGGCGCUAUCCGUGGACCGGGUGGAUCUGGACGACUGUCGCCAGUUGCAAGACAAGACGUUGCUUCAGUGAUUGUCAAACUUCUGGACGACGUACACCCACACAUCGGCAAGACGUACAACUUGACUGGACCAGAGGAACUGACCUUUUCUCAAAUCGCCACAAUGCUAGGUGCUGAUUAUGUGGAGGAGACGAUGGAGGAGGCGAGGGACUCUAGGAAGGCUCCAGGGGUGGAAGAUUGGCUCAUUGAAGCUUGGAUCAGUACCUACACUGCUGUUCGGGAUGGAGAGGAAAGUGGUUUAACUGAUGAUGUGGAAAGAAUUACUGGUCAGCCUGCGACGACCAUGCAGGCUUUCUUGGCGUUGAGGGGAGAGAAGUAG